AUGGAGAACAGCAUAGCCUCAGAUUUAGAGCUUGCAGAGACGAAGCAGAGCAAUCUGAAGAGAGCUUACGAGAGCUUAAACGCCCAAGCUUCCUCCUUUAUGGCCCUAGGUCUCCAGUGGAAGGACGUCGAGGACCACCUGGCCGAAACCCGGGCCAAAAUCCAGACCCGGUUCAACGAGCUCCAGGCCCGCGAGGCCCAAAUCGCCGACCAGGUCAGAAAGCUGGAGUCUUUGGAGGAGGACAAGGCCAAGACGGUGAGGGAGGUGGAGCGCGGUAAGAAUAACUUGCGGUCUAUCGAAAUCCUGAUUGCGGAAAACUCUGAAGAGCUUUGUGUGAAGGAGAGGCGGUUUGAGGAGGUUGAGAGGUUGGUGAGAGAAAAGGAGAGGAGUUUGAGGGAGCGGAGCGAGGAGCUGAGGUUUGUGGAGAGAGGGAUCGAGGAGAGGGCUAGGGAGGUUGUGGUUAAGGAGAAGGAAGUGAAAAGGGUGAGACGAGUGUUGGAUGAGUGCUGUUGUGAUGUGAAGAGGAGGAAGAGGGAGUGUGUGUUGAGAAAUGAGGAGGUUAAGUCUGCGGAGAGGACGAUUGAGAAGUGUAAUAAGGAGUUGAGUGUGAAGUGGGAGGAAAUGGAGGCGAUUCAGAGGUCGAUGGUGGCGUAUUCGGAGAGGAUUAGGGUGAAAGAGAGAGUUAUUAAGGAGAUGGAGAUGAAGGUGGAGGAGUUUGAAGUGCAUAAGAAGGCAAUGGAGGAGUGGUGUGGUGGUCUUGAGGUGAAGAAGAAGGGGUUUGAAGGGUGGGUGGAGAAGGUUGAGAAGAGGGAGAGGGAAUUUGAGUUGAGAGUUGAGGAGAUUGAUUUGAUUGGGAAGAGGGUCAAUGAGUGUGUGAAUGAGGCUCAGUUGAAAUUGGAGAGGGAUUUUCGUUCACUCGAGGAAUUGAGACAGGAGAAUGUGAAGCAUUUUGAGUUGCUUGAGAAAUCGGUACAAGAGCAUGUUCAUGAGCUUGAGAUGAAAGAGAGGAGGCUUGAAGAAAAGGAGAAAGAGCUUGAAUUGAAACAAAAACAAUUGGAUUCUGUUACAAAAGCUUUUGGGGAAAAAAUGAUGUCAAAGGAGAAAGUUAGUGUUAUUCAUCCUUCAGUGAAAGUUCAACCAUUGUUACAUGACCCUGCAAACAUUGUUGCCCUAUCUUCAACAGCAAGUAAUGCUAGAGGCUUGCAGUUGAUAGUGAGUGAGCAUUUGAAGAGAACUGAUUUAAUGAGUAGAGAAAUGUCGGUUAUUCUUCAAGCCUCAACAGACCCAGCAGGAUUGGUUUUGGAUGCAAUGCAGGGAUUUUACCCUACAAAUUCAACUGUGGACAACAGGGAGCUAGAUUCGAAUUUAAGAGUUAUUAGAAGGAGUUGUAUUGUAUGGCUACAGGAGUUACAGAGAUUCUCGCCUCGAAUUAAUGCUCAGGUCAGGGAAAAGGCAAUGAAGUUAGCAGCUGAGUGGAAAGCUAAGCUGACAAUGACUACUGAGAGCAGGUUGGAGGUCUUGGGGUUCUUACGGCUUGUUACUACGUAUGGAUUGACCUCCAUGUAUGAUGCUAAGGAGCUUCACAGUCUUCUUUCUAUAGUUGCUCAGCCUGGACAAGCAACUGAUUUAUUCCAGGCCCUUGAUGUCUCAGAUAAGGCAUAUGCAUGCAGCACAAUUUCUUUCCCAUUUAGAAUUGAGGAACCGGAAUGUUCAGUGGCCAAAUGUGCAGCUCCCUCUUCAUCUCCAAAUCUUCAACUACAUACAACCAGAGAAGAAAACUAUUUCCAGGGGUUUAUAGUUGAGCGUUUGAGUGAGAAUAAUUCAGUACAGGAAAAAAUGCUAGCCACUCUUCAAGUGUCAUCAGACCCAGCACAAAUUGUGUUGGAAAUGAUGCAGAGCUCUUUUGGUCAGUUUUGGAGAGAAGGAGGUUUUUGUUCAGAAGUAAAUGUCAUGAAGGGUUACAUUUACCUAUUGGAGACACUGAUGAGAGUGUCAAAGCACAUUGGAUCUUGUGUGAAAGAAGAUGCAAAAAAGCUGGCAGUGCAGUGGAAAGCUAGAAUGAAAGCCGAUUCUGGCAACUCGUUGGAGAUUUUACUAUUUUUGCAGUUUAUAGCUACAUAUGAAUUGCUCUCUACCAUAAAUGGAGGUGACAUUGUCAAUCUUCUUGGGGUGAUUUUCCGGCACAGACAGGCUCUAGAACUAUGUCAAGCUGUUGGUUUUGCAGAUAAGAUUCCUGGUUUUAUUCAGAGUCUUAUUGAGAGGAAGCAACUAAUUGAUGCUGUUAGAUGCAUUUGCAUCUUCAAGUUAACCGGCAAGUUCCCUGCCGUACAACUAUUAAAAGAUCAUGUGCAUGAGGCAAAAAACUUUGCUAGUGAAAUUUGCAGGAAUAAAUUGUCAUUUGGUGAAACGGAGAAGGUUGUAGAUGGUCUAAUAGGUGAUCUAAGAGCUGUCCAUCAAUGCAUUAAAAAAUAUAAUCUUCUGACCGAAUAUCCAUUUGCAGACAUUGAAGUACAAAUAGUUCAGCUGGGAAGACUGAAGGAGCAUUGCAGAAGUUUGGCACCAUCUCUGGCCUCCACAGUUGAUCAACAAGAUCAGAGAAAAAGGAAGAGGCCAAGCACCAGCACAUCUGCUCCCUUUUUUCAACCACAACGACAGCUUGAACAAAGUAAUCAUCAGACAGCUAUAUCCACUGCUGUACCCUAUGCAUUGCCGAUUUCCACGUCAAGAUAUUCAGAGUCAAGUUCGUCAUCUGGGUCGUAUGUAAAGUAUGGACUCCGUGGGCAGUUUGGUAUGGCGGCCAAUGACCAUGCAAAUGGUGCUAAUUCUGAAGGUGGCUUGAUGCUAAGUUUGAAAGGCCAAUAUCUAUCAAAUUCCAGAAAUCCACUCCCAGUGCACAGCGCUGAUCAUCACCAUUCUGUAGUCAUCCUCGAAUGAUCCAUAUAGGAGGCCACAAGUUUAGGUAGGUAACCGGCUUAGUUUGUCUUUGAUGACAUGACUUUUUUGAAUUGCAUCACUUCCAUAUAUUUAGGAG